AUGCCUCCUCACGCGCGGCCGCUACUCAAGAUAUUUGUUCAAAGGACCGAUCCUAAAUGGAUACACUCAACUAUUGAAAAGAUAGCUAAAAGCCCUUUACACCUUAAAAACUUGAUUCGAAUAUUAUCAAAUUUUGUCUUGUCCGAACGCCACCCUGUUUGGACCCGCCAUGCCCUGUUUUGGCUCACUAAUGUCAGAAAACUUAAGCCUGAACUACUUAGGGCUCCGGAACUUGAUUAUGCGCUCAGGAAGAUCUCCCAUUAUGCCACUGAGGUUACGGGUCUUCAUUCAGCCUUCAUUACUUCGGCCGCUCGGGGUCAAGCAAUACUAUCUUGGGCUCAAUCAGUCGCUUUGAUAAACUCCGAUAAUGGUAAUCGCCAGUUUGGUGCACUUCACAAAUCUGGCUAUAUUUACACAGAUGAUUCGGACCAAGAAUUUGGCGAUGUGGAGCUGAAGUGGCGUACUCGUCAUCUGAACUAUCUCCGAAGGCUCCAACGCCAAUCAAUCAUCUUUGGCGAAAAAGUACUUAGUACUAAAUCGAUAAAAGCUCAGAAGGCUGAAAACACUCCGAAGGUACCUGGACUAUCAGAAGAGAAUAUUGAUGCUGAAUGCAAUAGCUCUUCACUCGAGGAUACCAGUGCUAUUGAAUCCACUCCUGAAUACUUGGGGGAUGACCAAGAAGAGGAAGAGUGCAUUUCAGAUUAUGGUGGAGAUUUUAGUGAAGUGGCUAGUUUAGAUAUUCCCGAGGACACGGAUGGCAGCAUCGAUGACGGUUUUGUCGACGUCAAUGGUAGUGAUUCGCUUGAUGCGAACGUAACCGAUGCCAGAUUAGCAUUAGGGUCACAAGAACGAAAUGGAGAGGAUUGCAACCAAGGUUCUUGGAAUGAUCAAAGCUAUCUUAGUGAAAGUGAUGAAUCCAGUUCUAGCACAAUUAAUCGAAUGAAACCUUUGAAGAAACGCCCACGACAAGAGGCCAGCGUCUCGACUGAUGAAGAGGAUGAAAAUAAUGACAUAAAAUCGGAUACAAAUGACGAUGAAAUUGACGAUCUCGAUCUACUUAUGUGGACUAAAUUUAGUGAUGAAGAAGAGGAAUGUGAGGAAAAAUUGAAGGCACAAGGCAAAGUAAAAAGUUUAAUGGCUGCAGCUUAA